AUGCCUUCCUCCAGCACUGAAAAGGUAGCAGCACCCGAGUCUCUUGAAGCAACUACAGAAGAUUCUGUAGUGUCCGCAGAAGAGAUUUGGCCCACAAAAGACUUUGGUCUUGUACCGAUCCCGAAGAGACUCCAAUACAAUCCCACCAAACCUUUUCACUUUGGCAUCUUGCUCAACGUCUCCUUUGGGUUUGCUAGCACAUUCGUCGUCGGUAACUUGUACUAUUGUCAACCGCUGUCGAUCGAGUUUUCUAAAUCGUUCAAUGUAACAUACGACGAGGUUUCACGUAUCCCUACCCUCACUCAAGCAGGGUAUUUGGUGGGAUUACUUCUGAUAUCCCCCCUCGGCGACCUUGUUCGACGCAGACAACUUGUGUUACUGCUGGUUGCGUCAUCUACUACUCUCACAAUAGGAUUAGCCGUCACCAAAAAUCUCCGCGUCUUCGAGACAUUAUCUUUCUUGGUUGGCGUUACAACUGUCACUGCCCAGAUCUUGAUGCCUCUAGCUGCAGAUCUGGCUGCACCUGAUCGCAGAGCGUCAGCAUUGUCCGUGGUGCUCUCGGGUCUCAUGCUAGGCAUCCUGAUCGCUCGUGUCUUGGCUGGCGUCAUAGGCAAUUUUACAACCUGGCGUGUAGUCUACUAUAUGUCAAUUGGUGUUCAAUCACUCGUUCUCAUCGGCGCCUACCUCGUUCUUCCCGACUAUCCUGCUAAAAACCGCGACUUGACAUACUUCAAAAUCCUUUUUUCGAUGGCCAAGUAUGCAGUAACGGAGCCACUUGUCAUACAGGUGGCCAUUAUAAAUAUUGCAUCCAGCGCAUGCUUUGCAGGUUUCUGGGUCACUCUCACCUUCCUUCUCGGAGGUCCGCCCUACUACUACUCCACUCUCGUAAUUGGUCUCUUUGGCCUCGUUGGCGUGCUAGGCGUGCUCGUCGGACCUUUCGUAGGACGUCUCAUUGAUAGGCUGGUUCCUUGGUAUGCGACUUUGGUAGCCACUAGCUUGCUUCUAGUUUCCCAAGCAGUACAGACUGCAGCAGGUGGAAUCAACAUCGCAGCUAUCGUCAUCGCAUGCUUCGGACUGGACUUUGCGCGUCAGUCCCAACAAGUCUCCCUGUCGACUCAGGUCCUGAGCAUAUCUUCCACAGCUCGUGCGCGUUUGAACGCUAUUCUCGUUCUAUCAGUGUUCAUCGGACAGGUGAUGGGCACGUCUGUUGGCACCCAAGUUUUCGUGCGACACGGAUGGAGAGCAUGUUCAUUGUUGAUGCUGGCGCUACAUGGCUUCCAAAUUAUAAUUUUAUUGCUCCGCGGUCCACAUUGUCCUCGAAAGCGUUGGUUUGGUUACGAAGGGGGAUUCGAGGCGCGCAACCACGUUGUCUUGGAGAAGGAGAAAGCACAGUGUAGCGGGGAGCGGGAAGUAAAACACGAUCCAGAGGCGCAGAAGGAAGUACUGAUGCAAAGUGGUGAAGUUCUGCGACCCGACACAGCAUAG